CCUCUUUCUCUUUCUCUCUCUAGCCGAAAAAUAUCUCUUUAUCGAAACGGCAACUUUCUCUCUCUACCUUACCCUUCCAUCAUUCCGGCCUCCUUACAUGCCGCCCCACCAUGGCGCCCUCCACGGCGGCGGACCCGCCUCCGGCCACCGGCACGGCGGCGGCUCUUUGCCUUCGCCGCCGCCGCCGAAGCAGAACCCGAAGCUGCUCUCCCUCCUCCUGAAGGCCAUAAUCAUGAUCCUGAUAACCACCCUCUUCUUCCUCUUCCUCGGCCUCGCCGCCAUCAUCCUCCUCCUCCUCUGCCUCGCCGGCGGCCUCCUCCACCGCCGCCACCAGAUCGACCUCCCGCCUCCCCCCGGCGGGGCGCUGCCCCCGCGCGACCUCAAGCGGCUCCCCAAAUUCAGGUACCCGAAGAGCGGGGCGCAGGGCCAGGGCCAGCACGAUCAAGGCUUUUCCGAUUGCGCGGUGUGUUUGGACGAGUUCAGUCAGGGGCAGUGGUGCAGGAAGCUGGUCGGGUGCGGCCACGUCUUCCAUAAGAGCUGCGUGGACACUUGGCUCGUCAAGGUCGCCGCUUGCCCGGUUUGCCGGUCGCCGGUCCGAGCCCAGGUGGGGUCCACGGGGCCUGGGAUCGACGGGCGAGAUUGCAAGCAGCUCUGGGCUUUCGGUAGAGAGACGCCCAUUUGAGGGGGUUCGGUUAGAUUGUGGUCGCACGUUGAAAAAUUGGAUCUUUGUUCUUUUCGGGCAAUGAAAUAUGAUGUCCUGGCCUGGAUUGUCAACUGCAGCAAUUUUGUUCUUUCCUACUUUGUUCCCUCAAGUUGUUCUGGGAUUAGUUUAAUUGUGUUUGGUUAGCUAGAAAGGAAAAGUCCCAGUGCAGUUGGAGGUUUUGGUUUUGAAUAAGAUGCUGUCCCAGUUGAAUGUUCCGGCUUCUAGUUAUUAGGUGUGGAGCUUAACUUUUCAUGCUUUUGUAGGUUUUCUCCAUAGUUUUUGGUUCACAGUCUUUGUACAGUGCUUGUUUUGGUUUUGUCGCACAAAGAUGCAGCUGCAGUAGGAAGCUUGCUAGGCUGACUGAUGUGCCUUAUCGGACUGGAAGAAAAUUUAGAAUUGAACCGAUAUUUGCAAAAGGAUCAGAGGGGCAAUGCUAGGUGACUGGUUUUAUACCAAAGUUGUACUCUAGUAUGUGAACAAUGCAAGUAGAACGGUCCUCAUCUUUGGGCUUUCAGAGUUUAACUGUUACUCUUGUGGACUGUCUAUUCUGCGGAUUGUUGAUCAGACUUAAACUUGCUAUGCUACGUUGGCGUGAACUUCCUAGAAAUGUUUUCUGAUUGCGAAUUAAGACACAUUAUAAUAUAAUUUGUAUUGGACUA